CCUAAGAAGCCAAGCAAGCACCAGAGAUUUCUGCCCAGGAGGCACAGGAUGAAACUCGUGGGCUGUUGGCCCCGCCCCACUUUGAAGCUCCGCCCAAGCCAAGAAGCGCAGGGGCGGGGUUGAGGGGUGGUUUCCACGGUGACGACAAACAAGGCCCAUACUGUAGGGGGCCGCUGCUGGGCUGCUUCUCCCGCCGCUGCCAUGAUUCCCCCCGCAGACUCUUUGCUCAAGUACGACACCCCGGUGCUGGUGAGCCGGAAUACGGAGAAACGGAGCCCCAAGGCUCAGGCACUGAAAGUCAGCCCCCAGCAGCCUGGACCCUCAGGUCCAGUCCAACAGCCACCCAAGACCAAGCUCCUGGCAACUUCUUCUGUCCCAGAUCCUACAAAGCAGGCAGAAGAAAUCUUGAAUGCCAUCCUACCCCCGAGGGAGUGGGCGGAAGACACGCAGCUAUGGAUCCAGCAGGUGUCCAGCACCCCCAGCACCAGGAUGGAUGUGGUGCACCUCCAGGAACAGUUAGACUUAAAGCUGCAGCAGCGGCAGGCCAGGGAAACAGGCAUCUGCCCUGUCCGCAGGGAACUCUACUCACAGUGUUUUGAUGAGUUGAUCCGGGAGGUCACCAUCAACUGUGCGGAGAGGGGGCUGCUGCUGCUGCGCGUCCGGGACGAGAUCCGCAUGACCAUCGCUGCCUACCAGACCUUGUAUGAGAGCAGCGUGGCGUUUGGCAUGAGGAAGGCACUGCAGGCCGAGCAGGGGAAGGCAGACAUGGAGAGGAAAAUUGCAGAAUUGGAGACAGAAAAGAGAGACCUGGAGAGGCAAGUGACCGAGCAGAAGGCAAAAUGCGAAGCCACCGAGAAGCGGGAGAGUGAGAGGCGGCAGGUAGAGGAGAAGCAGCACAAUGAGGAGAUUCAGUUCCUAAAGCGGACAAAUCAGCAGCUGAAGGCCCAACUGGAAGGCAUUAUUGCACCAAAGAAGUGAUAACUUCCACAUGGGCCUACCCCAUCAUAAGCCCUUUGUAAUAAAAAGCUAGUUUCCUGAGUGAACAAGCCAUACCGUUCCCUAACCACCUAGGUAUUUGUCAGAAGUCACACUAUUGCUCCAAUGUCAUGAAACACGAAAGGUCUGCAAGCCAGCCUCCUGGCUGGGCAAUGGAAGAUGAUGUGGUCCUGUUAGUCUCAGGGCGUGGCUUACUAGCCAGCCUUGGGAUCUGCCGGCUCCGAGUCUAAGAAAGACACUGCUUUCUCAUCAUCAUUCUAUACCAGCACUUAUUUCUUACCAGAGGAAGCUGCUGCUCUGCUCCUCAAACUUUUGGUUCGGAGUUCAUCUUCUGCCUUUACCUGGGCUUCUGGCCUUAUUUAAUGUCUUUUUAAGCCCUACUCUAAUGCAUUUCUAUUAACUCAUUUUGGAGCUCUGGUUUUCUGCUGUACUGUAUUACCCCCACUUGCCAGUCAACUGGACCCCUUCCUCCUCAGUUUCAGACUGCCUAGGUUAGUAAACGUUUGCCAGAAAGGAAUACCAGUCACAGUGGCCUUUGUGAGCUGUCUGCAACGAGCUCUUCCUCCAGCACAGAUUUGUUCACUUUAUCCUGCAGAAAACCAACCCCUGACUCUGCACUCCCCUUAGUUAUGUUGAUUAACAACUGAAGAGGGAACCAAAUCUCACGUGCAGGUCUAAUGACUAAUGAUUGGACUAUGGCCGCUAGCCAACUGCAUUUUAGUAUUUCUCUUCCACUUUCCUGGUUUUGUAGACCCAAAUUGAAUGGGUGACAUAAAUCUUUAGUUCAAGACAGGCCCGGGCGGGCUAGGAUGGUAAGCUGGAGGACUUCCAUCCUUCGGUCAGGCUGCACAAGUAACAUUACCUAGAAGGCACUAACAUUCUCAGGUUCCCGGAGAGGUGUGAGAAGGGACUCUCCUUAGCAGAGCUUCCACCUGCCAUUCAUCUUGGGUCCAGUGAGCUUCAAGGCUCACAAGGGAAGCAUUAUUGUCCCCUAGAAAACCUGUGUUCCCCAAGCUGUACACACCACAUGCACUGUCAUCUGGAAUCUAAGGGGCAGCUUUUACCCUGAUCCAGUAUCCUGAGGAAUUAAAGGCUCCACUCAAAUGACCUGCCCGUGUUAUUUCCAUGGGAAAGAACUCUUCACAGGAUCUGCUAGUUCCAGGAUUCUACAACAGGAAUGUAGUGCCCUAAGUGGGUUCACUUCACAGACUCAAUGAGCAACAGAAGUUACUAUAGUUUUCUUAUUUUUUUUUGAGAUUGAGUCUCACUCUGUCGCCCAGGCCGGAGUGCAAUGGCUGAUCUCAGCUCACUGAAACCUCCACCUCCCAGGUUCAAGCUAUUCUCCUGCCUCAGCCUCCUGAGUAGCUGGGAUUACAGGUGCCCAUCACCAUGCCCUGCUAAUUUUUGUAUUUUUAGUAGAGACGGGGUUUCACCAUGUUGGUCAGGCUGGUUUCAAACUCCUGACCUCGUGAUCUGCCCGCCUCAGCCUCCCAAAGUGCUGGGAUCAGGGGCAUGAGCCACCAUGCUUCAUAUUUCAAAGCCCAGGCCACGCACACUAACGUGCUUGAAAUCUGCGGUUCUGUAUGCUUCUAUUCCAAAUUGUUCAUUACCACUAAACAAGAAAUACCACCCUUUCCACUUUGUAGACCUCAUCCCCUAUGUCUGUCAGACAUUUACAUGACAGGGUGACUGGAUGAACCUCUUCGUUCAUCUACAGUCUAGCUGAAGUACUAGACUUUCAGACUAUCACUGAAAUCCUUAAGGGUGAGGAGGCUUUAUUUCCCUAGCGCUGGUGAAGAGCUUCAACUGUCCAACCUAAGAACAAAUGCAUUAUGGCCUUAGAAAUGCCAACGGGGCAGGAAGAAAAUGAACACAAUUUCUAAUUGCAUGUUUUUGUAUAGUUUAAUAAAAACCUUUUAAACGUUA